CUUGGUUUCCCGACCGCUCUUUCCUGAAACCUCGAUCCGCCGUAAGCAGGGGCUAUCGUGCUUCCUGGAUGACCUCCAAAGUAAUACUAUGACGGGCAACUGGCCUGAAGAUAGUCCUCCAGCGUCUCCCUCGCCGCCUGGAAACCACUAUAAUAUGACUACAGCGUUGCGAAAAGUCUCUGGACCUACACAGCCUUCGCCGCAGGCCACCCCGAAUGCCAACUCACCCUCUGCUACUCUGUCGCCUCUAUCCAAUGGCCUUUCUUCACCAAACGCGCCAUGGGGUCCGCCUGUGACCAUCGGAGCCAGUGGAAAAUCAGGGAAAUUCAUUGAGCGGCUACAAAACGAGAAUGCAUCACUGCGGCGGGAUUACAAUGUCGAGCGAUCAGCUAAAGAGGAGGCACAAAAGAGCUUGAGUACCACAAAAGGCAUAGAGGCGAAGUUUCGGGCGGAGAACGAGCGGCUAGAGAUGUUACAUACCACCAAUACUCGUGCGAUAGAGCGAAAGAAUCGCAAGAUCGAUGAACUAAAAGCUGCAUUAGACGCAGAAGUUACAAGACGGCAAGCAGCAGAAGUGAGGGAACAGCAAAUGGCUACUGAACUAGACAACACUCAUGCAGAAAAGAACCAAGCGGUGUCUGAAGCGCAUACAAGGGAGAUACGGGAGAAGGCGAACGCGGAUGCUUUAAAAGAUGGCUUGCAUAGAAUGCAGACACGCUACGAGCGCCAGGUCCAUAACAUGACCAAGGACCUUGGUGCGAUAACGAAGCGUGAGCAAGAGAACAGGAAGCGUAUUAUGGCGCUCGAGGUGUCGACUGAUCAAGGGAGACGCGAAAUCAAUAAUAGCGACGAGAUUGUCCACAAGAUGGGCUCCCUCUUGAAUACAUACAAGGCUGAGCAUGAAACCAUGGUGGAGAGACUGUCAAAGGAAGCGGAAGACUUCCGCAACGCUACCCAUGAACGAGUCCAGAAUGGAGAACGCCUUGUCCGGGAGAUGCAGGAAACGAAGGACAAGAUGAACUGGACUAUGAAUCUCGACAGACUUCAGAAAGAAAGCAAUAACCCGACUAGCCAUGGGAUUACCAAGAGCUCGAGCAAGAGCAAGGGAAAGUCAAAAAGGUGAUUCAUAUAUACGAAUUUUGUUCAAGAGGAACACAGGCGCUGGGAUAUGACCGUCACGACCAAUCGCAAUCAUAUAGAGCGCAUAGUGAAAGGAGUUGGAAGCUUCUUUGGGAGGACGCAUCGAACAUUAUUGUCAACCAUUGUUGUCUUCCAGUCGAAUCUACUUUCAUUGAUGAAAUCCGUCCAAGCGAUACCAUUAAGUUGAGAUAUACCAGGGAUUCAGCU